GUGGAUUGGAUGUCAGGUCAGUCACGUGACACCAUGCGGAAGCGGACCAUUUUCAGCCUAAAAACCAAACAUUCGUGGGUGGUGGUGUUGAGUUAUUCAAUCUGGACUGACGUUAUACCUAGCUGCUCUGCACUGGAGUGGUUUCAUAAACUGUACCGCAUAACUCCACGGUUGUACCCGGGUGUUGGCACGAUGCUGAACGCCGCCGCCGCGGAGAGGAACAAGGAUCCCAUCCUGUCGGUGCUCCGGGAGACGGUGAACACCGGGAGACCCCUGCAGGCUCUGGAGAUCUCCUCCGGUACCGGGCAGCACGUCACACACUUCGCUCAGGCCCUGAGGAACAUCAUCUGGCAGCCCUCAGAGUACGACCGCCAGUCUCUCUCCAGUAUCGAAGCGUACAGAGCCCACUACCAGCUGCACAAUGUGAGGCCUGCCAUCCACCUGGAUGCUUCUCUGCCCUACCAGUACUGGGGAGGCAUCCAGCCAGAGAGCCUGGACCUGGUGGUCAACAUCAACAUGAUACACAUUUCUCCAAUGGCUUGCACAGAGGGUUUAUUCAAAGGGGCUGGAGCUGUGCUGAAGCCGCAAGGUCUUCUAUUGACAUACGGGCCCUAUGCAAUGAAUGGCCAGAUCACCCCACAAAGUAAUGUUGACUUUGACUACAGCCUACGGCAGAGGAACUCAGAGUGGGGACUGAGGGAUCUCUCCCUCCUCAGUUCUACAGCACAAAGAAAUGGUUUAUUCCUGGAGAAAAUAGUGGACAUGCCUGCAAACAACAAGUGUAUUCUGUUCAGGAAGGAGAGUUUGGUGUGAAGUAUUCUGGUGUUCCUUCUCUGGGUGCCGACCAGCAUCGGAGCGGGAUGGUCAUACCGCCUUAACUUACACUUGAAGCUCAGAUACAUUGCCAAAUUUUCCAGAACUUUUAAUGAACCGUUUCCCCAUAUUCUCAUACAAAAUUGACAAAGAUUAAAUUGUUUAAUCUGAACUGAAAUGCUGUAAUCUAUUUAACACUAUAUUCUUCUGUAUUGCACACUUGAGUAAACAGGCUCACAGAUA